UGAUUUCUCCUAUUGUUUAUAAGUUAAAUCACUGAGGGGAAUGCCUUUAUUUUUUGGUAUAACAGGACCACUGACAGAAGCUAGAGGAAAAUAAGAACCGUAAAGCUAAUGAAUGGUUUGCUUAUUCAUUAAUUUUGAUGUUUAAAAAAACCAAACACUUGUCACGAAUACAGAGCAUCACAUCUAUCUUUGAUGUACAUUGCUGAUUUUCUGAUAAAGAUUUGAAUUGGUACUGCAACCUUUGUGGAACAAAACGUAGAGAAGUAGUUAAUUCAAUACAUAACAAUUUGAAAGUACCUCUUCAAAAAAUGCAUUGUUGAGCAAAGGUUAUGUAAAUGUAGUUGCUAAUUGUUCAACACACCACCCAAUUGUGUCUGGAAAGUUGUAUAGUUUAUAUUGAAAGAUUCAUUAACAUUAAAGUUGAAAUUAGUAGUUAAAUGCAAUAUGACCUCCCCACUCUGCCUUGGUAAAAAGAUGACACAUAGACAGAACCAUGGAUGCAAGAACUGGUUAUCCAACACAAAACUAGAGUCAAACCAUGUUCUGAGGCUAGACAGUGUUUCCUUAUAUGUACUUUUGUUUUUACAAACAUCGGAGUGAAGCAAGCUAACAGUGCUGUUAAAAUUGACUGACCCUCUUUUUGAUUUUCUAUACUUUCUUUGUUCUUUUGACACUGAAUAUUACCAGGUCUUCCAGCAAAAUUGAAUCCUAAAUAAAUGCAAUACACAACGAUGCCCAUGUGAAGAUGGGGGAUUGGAAUUUCCUGGGGGGGGUAUUGGAAGAGGUGCAUAUCCACUCCACUAUGGUGGGAAAGAUCUGGCUUACCAUCCUAUUCAUCUUUCGCAUGCUGGUGCUGGGCGUGGCGGCCGAGGACGUUUGGAAUGACGAGCAGGCUGACUUUAUCUGCAACACGGAGCAGCCCGGUUGCCGGAAUGUCUGCUACGACCUGGCUUUCCCGAUCUCCCUCAUCCGCUACUGGGUCCUCCAGGUAAUCUUUGUUUCGUCACCAUCGCUGGUGUACAUGGGCCACGCUCUCUACCGCCUCCGAGCCUUAGAGAAGGAGCGUCAGAAAAAGAAGGUCCUGUUACGUCGCGAACUAGAGACAGUGGAUGUGGAGAUGGUGGCGGCGCGGAAGACAAUUGAGCGUGAGGUGAGGCAGCUGGAGCAAGGAAAGCUCAACAAGGCUCCGCUGUCGGGGUCCCUCUUGCGCACCUAUGUGGCCCACAUCAUUACCCGCUCGGCUGUGGAGGUCGGCUUUAUGACGGGCCAGUACGUCCUUUAUGGCUUCCAGCUCUAUCCUCUCUUUAAGUGUGAGCGGGACCCUUGUCCAAAUGCGGUGGACUGCUUCGUCUCCCGGCCCACAGAGAAGAGUGUCUUCAUGGUCUUCAUGCAGUGCAUCGCUGGAGUCUCCCUCUUCCUCAACAUCUUGGAGAUCAUGCAUCUGGGCUACAAAAAGAUCAAGAAGGGCAUCCUGGACUACUAUCCACACCUGCAAGAAGAGCUUGAUGACCUUUACUCCAACAAAAUCAAGAAAGACUCUGUGGUGCAUCAGACAUGCCUGGCAUCCUCUAGCCGCAAGACCACCAUGGCCUCGGUGCCUAGUGGCUACAAUCUCCUAUUGGAGCGGGGCCAGGAUGGACAAACAUACCCUUCGCUUGUCAACCCCUCUGCCUUCCUCCCUGUUCAGGGUGAAAUGGCUGAUAAACGGAACCUGGAAGAGCCCAAAGAGGCUGCACAUAGCCCAACAGAGCAUAACUCAAACUCCAACAACACCAGCUGUGACAGCCGCUCACCUCCUUGUCACUCAGUGACCCCACCCAAGCAGGAAGAGCCAGAUGAAUCUGUCCGACAUCCUCCUAACAGCGAGGAGGAUGAGAAGAGGGGGAGCCCAGACUCACCCAGGAGCCCAAGGGAGGCAUCUCACGCCUCUUCCUGCCCAACACUGCUGCUAGGCGCUGGGAGAAAAACAUGGAGAGUAAAUGCUCCAUCGAAUUGUUCCACAGUGGUGGAGGGCAAAAGCUCAGACACAGAUUCUUAUGGGGGUUCUAAAGCCAGCGGUGGAUACCGGGAGCACUCUGUAUCGAAAUCUGACUCUAAAAUGCGUCCUACCACCCCUGACUCAUUGGAUUCAAGUUCAGGGUCGAAGCAUAGUCCAUGCCCACCCUCUUCCAACCGGCGACCAUCAUCCACAAGCAACGCAAGCAACAGACGAGCUCCCACAGACUUACAAGUCUAAAUGCAUUUUGUGAAACCUUCUGGUUUGUCCUUCAUCAGACACAUAACUAAAACGUUCGUAGGUACAGACAGGCAUCAAAAUAACAUUUCAAAUUUGCUUUAAAGGUGUAUUGGCAGCAAUUGUCCAGUAAAAGAUUAUUUAUUUUUACUUGUUAUUCAUGGCUUUCUGGAGUGGUUCUCAAACCUCUCAAGGGUACCCCAGCUGUUCCAUGUAUUAGAUGUAGUCCAGAACUAUAAAAAACUGAAUAACCUUGUCAAUUAAUGAUCAAGACCUUAACUGUUUAAAUCAGGUAAGUUAGUUUGGGGCUACAAUCAAAAUGUAAGAUAGCUGGUGACCAAGGAAAUGUUUGAGAACCACUGGCUUAAUGUACUGCUGAUUUCCUGUAAGUGGUCAUGUGUCUUUAUUUACCAGUGUGUCAUUUGUGAUGACGUAGGUUCAGACAUUGGGUGAAGGGAUUUGCCAUUGACAGUAUUGACCAUGCUCAGGUGUUUGGGGCCGUGAGGGAAAGUGGUAGGGAUUGUAAAGCUACAUUCAUGACAAACACCACCGUCCCAAUUCACAUAAUAUGUUUACUUUUUAGUUUUGUUUUAUUGAAAUCACAACUGAAAAGUUGAUUACAACCACCAAAUGAAUCUAUACUGCCUCAUCAAAUCAAGAGUUCAUAUGCUUCCCCCAGUGACAGGUUUUGUCAUUGGUGCAUCAACACUGAACACCUGAUGUCCCAAUGUAUUUACAGACUUAUAGCCACUGAAAAUGUAAACUGUAUUUGAAUAUUGUACUAAAGAAUGACCUGAUUUAAUAUUUUACAAAAGCUUUAAAUUAAAAAUGUUACUAUAUUGCAA